UAUCGAUAACAAUUGGUAGUCGAGUGUGUGCAGAGACAGGGUUGUACCGAGUGCUGAAGUCUAGUGUUAAAAACGCUGCAGCACUCGACGCCUGGUGUUGUAAUUCAUUUUGUCCGCAAGGUGAAGACGAAAUUGCUUCUAUUUGAUAGUGAAAUUUACACAAAAAUCGACAAAAUUAUAAUCAAACUGUAGCUAAAGAAGGCGUACAUUGAUUUCUAAUAAAUGCGUAUGGACAAGUAAACAUUAAGUGCAUGAAAAACGUGGUUGAAAAUUUUACUUUGUGUGUAGCUGAGGCACACACAUGCACAUACACACAUGGAGAUAAACGCAGCAAUGGCCUCGCAUUCGCAGCAUAUAUAAAAGCUCAGUUGUAUAUUGGAGAAGGAGCGUACAAAGCAGACGGCGAGAAGAAAGAUUUCUGUGUCAUUGAACGGGGGAGACAACAACAACGACGACGGGAACGGGAACAGCGUCAUUAAGGAGUCUCCCAAUUGUUGAAAACCUGCAGGUGCAAAACAAUAGCUCAAGGAUUUAUAGAUUCGGCUACCCACUGUCACUGCCAGUGAAAAUUCAACUUCCACCUCCACACAUAUACGCGAGGAACGAUCGAUACCAUAACGGCAUCCGUGCUGUUUUCUCAUUGAACGCAAUAGGAGGAAGAGCAGAGACAACAGCAAUAGCAAAUAGCAGCAGCAGCCAAAGGAGUACGAACAAGUGCAUACAUAAAUACACACACAUGAAAUUAGCGCUCAUUAAAAAUUUUCUCGCUGUGUAUGCCAGUGUGUAUCUGUGUGUGUGUGCGUGUGUACGGACUCUCCUUGAGUGAAAUCAAUUAAAUACAAGUGUACGGCAGCAAAAAUUGAAAAAAGCGGAAAUACACUAAAACUGUGUCUACUUAUUGUUCGUUCGUUCAUACUUCUGUGUGAGUGCGCGUGUUGUGUAAAAAGCAGUGACGCCGGCAGUGACGGUAACGACGACUGCAGCGUAAUAUAUAUGCGUGUGUGUGUGGAAAAUCAAAGCAAAAAGGGCGAGCAACAAAAGCAGCAGUAGUAGAAACAACAAACAUAACAAGAGCGUCUGCUCUCUGGAAGAUCGAACCUAACAGCAGCAACAACAACAACAGUUUGUUGCUAGUUCGCUCAGCCUGCAAACUAGCCAGCCAAGCAACCAAUAAAGAAGCGUUCGAUUUCGGUGCCGCUGGCUAAGGAGCAAGAUGGCCGCAACACAAGCGAAACAUUCAGUUUUAUGACUCUAGAACCUAUGAUAGUUGUGGAAAUUUGCAACGAACAGUGGAGUAUUACAGCCAGAGAGGAUUAGUUUUCUCACCACAUCGUUAACCCCAUCGUUGGAUUCAAGCCAUCAAAAUGGUCGACAGCGUACAAUGUCCCGUCUGUACGCUCUACUUGCAUGCGGGCAUGAAUCUCUCCGAUCAUCUGGAGACUCAUCCCAAAGAGCAGGUGAUAAAGGCGCUUGUUCAGAUGACAAUCACGGCACCACCGGCUGUACCGCCAGCACCAGCAGCAACAACAGCAUCAGCAGCCCCAGCAACAACAUCGGCGGCUGGGGCAACAGGAAAAAAUUCUGCUCUGAGCAUUGCUUUGAGGGCAGCUGUGUUUGGAGCUGCGACAGAUAUGGACGAAGCUGACGCUAGCGCCGAUGUGAAACCAGCUGUGAGCAUGGGCAGCGCUGGCGUUGCCAAGACAGCGACAACUGUUGCUGGAACAACUGGCAUGUCAGCAGCAGGGGCAGCAACAACCACAACAACAACGAAAGCAUUGAUGUCCAAAACUGGCGCCCCAAGCUUGAGCUGUCUACCACCGCCACUAUCCUCUGCCUGCUCCUCUAGCACGCCCUCCUCCACCUCCUCCUCACCCUCAUCCUACACAUCAGCCACAGCGCUUAGCAAUAAUAGCAACAACAAAUUGAACAAUCCACCGAUCAAGCUGAAGUAUGAGGGGGCAACCGCUGUCCCUGAUCCGCUGGCAGCCACACCCACCACAAACACCGUCGCCGCUGCAGCCGUCGCCUAUCAGCAAGCUCUUGCCUCCGACUAUCGCUUUGAGCAGUCCCAGCAAACGGUGUCGCCGACGCAACCGCUUCAUGCAUUCCAGCAUACCCUGCGCGGUAGCGUUGCCGCCGCCACAGUAGCAUACAGUGGCGUUGGACAGCAGCAACAAACACAACAGCCACAGCACCACCACUACUUACCGCAGCGCCACGCGCAUAGUCAGCCAGCAGCUGUCCUCGCAGCCCAGCAGUCGCACUAUCCACAUCAGCCAAGUCUGAAAUAUGCCUAUGCCAAUUCGUUACCGCCGCCACCGCCACUGCAGCUCUUUGCUCAGCAGACGGGGACGUCACAAUCGACACAGCAUCAGAAGCCACCGCCCGCAUAUGGCGCCGCCAUCAGUCAAAUUCGAUCUCAGCACAACCAAAAUAAGCAGCAACAUCAGCAACAACAACAACACCAGCAAAUAACAAUUCACCAAAUUGCACCACCGAUGACAACCGCCACGACGUCCAAGCAUAGCAGCAAGAAUACGGAAAUUUUCUUGAAUCCCCCACCACCGCCUCCGCAGACGACGCUUGCAAGUGGCGUCUUGCCCCUGGCACUUAAAUAUAUUGGCGAGCCCUCAGGCAGCUCAUCCAGCGCCUCCUCUUCGUCUUCAAGACUGCAACAUCAGCCAGCUCAGCAACACCAACAGCAAUCGCAGCAACAGCAUCAUCAGCAGCAACAUUCACAUCAAUCCCAACCACUUACAAUACAAUCUACUUAUGCCUCGCUGUUGCCAACGUCAUCGCAGUCCAAGCCAAGCGGCAGCGGCUGCCAAUCCUCUCCAGCGCGCGCGCGUCAAAGCAAUUCGCCAUUUGGGGCAUUGUUGACAGCCGCAGCUGUUGCCGCCAGCGCUUCGCCUUCCUCCUCUGUGCUGCGCUAUGCAGAAUCACCGGUGGCCCACUACCUGGAACGGGACAAUGGUGACUUUAUAGUGCAGGAGACACCCAAGCACAUUGUUGAGUGCGUGGAGAAAGAAGAUGGCGAGUUCUCGGUCAUUGAACGCAUUUAUCAAUCGCCGCCAAGUGUGCUGCACAUACACGAUGAGGACGACGACGAUGAUGACGAUGACGAUGAAAACGAUGCUGCUGAUACUGAAGAAGACGAGGGAGAGAGCCAUCAGCAGCACCACCACCAUCAGGAGGAGCAUGCUGAUGAGGAGCAGGCCGCAGAGCAGGUGGAACAUGGAGCUGGCGAUAGUCGCAGUUGCGUCUCGUGCGUCACAACUUCAACAGCAACAACAACUAAAAAGCGAUCUAAGACCAAGUCAAGUAAAUCAAGGCGAAGCAGUAAAACAGUAAGGCGUCCGGGCCCAAAGUCCUUAACAGCAGAUGAUGAAGAAUGUAUGAGUGUGAGCAGCAGCGAUGAGAGUGAAGAGUUGGAGCAAAAGACGCCGGCAACAUCUUGUGGUGCUCCAACACCAUUGUGUGUGGCACCAUCGACCAGUGCCAACGCCACCGAUGCCGCUAGUUCAGCCAGUAACAGCGAUGCCAACUCCAACAAUGGGAGCAGCACGAGCACCGCCACCACCACAACCACCAAGUCGAAAAAGAAUCGCAUUACUGUGCUGAGCGAUGUGCCGCUGAAUAUGAACGAGUAUUUGGAUUUGGUGGGCAACAUUGUGGCCUCCAGUCGUAUAGGCACGACACGGCCGUUCGCCGCUAUAGCGCCCAUACCACUAGUUAAAGUAGAGAAGGAGGAGCCACUGGAUGAGUAUGAUAGUGAGCAAAUGACGCGCUCCAUCAACGAGACUGAAACGCAGCAAUCAGGGCACCAGCAGAUGCACGAAGACGAGGAAAUUGAGCAAAAGGAGCAGAAGCCCAACCUGGAGGAGCAACUACAUCUGCAAGGUCAAAGCGUUGCUAGCAGCAGCAGCAGCAGCCAUGCCACUACCAGUGUUAUACGCAUGGCAAGCACUACGAGUGCCCCCCCACAGGCACAGCUCGAGGAGCCGUUCAUGAAAGUGGAAGUCGAGCAGACGGCGUUGAUGCCACCGCAGCGAUUUAGUGCGCCACCGCAGCAACGUGGACCUAAGAAAUUAGUCAUCAAACCAAAGGCGAGCGCAACCACAACAACGGCCGGAGCCACCAACAAAACAAACAAAAAGACUGACAAUUCCACCAACAACAACAACAACAACAGCAGGACCAGCCACAGCACAGAAACCUUAGCAAGCACCUCUAACUCACAAUAUAUGGCACAGGGAGCAGGAUCCACUGAAGUAGUGCACAUCAAGAGCGAGAACGGCGAACCAAUAGCAACCACAUCCAGUGGUGGAGUCGGUAGCGGCAGCAUACUGGAGAAGCAUCUUACGACCAGCUAUCAAUAUCCACUACAGUCGUCUUCACGCAAACACACUUCGGUCAAUGAUGAUGAUGCACGCGUCCUACUAGAGUUCGCUAACUCGAAGCAGCCACUGGUCAGUGGUGGCAGCAGCACCACUUUCGUUGUCAAUGCUAGUUUUCCGUCAGCGGGUUCUGUGUUUUCAACGAACGGUGCCACUGCAGAAGUAAAAGGCGACGGCAGCACCACAUCCAGCCAUACACCAAUAUCCGAGGAGUAUAUACUGCCCGAUAAUAAUUUGGAUGCGGAUGAAAUUGUGAUAUCCUCGUCGUCUUCCUACACCUCUACGCCACUGCCUACUAAUCCGCAGCAGCAGCAUCAGCAACAACAACAGCAAUCCAAUCCACAGCAAUCGGCGCACAAUGCCGGCACCACCAACCCCUCCUUCAACGACUUCAAUUUUCUGUAUCAGUCCAAUGCUGUUGCUGGGGGAGUCAGUGGCAGCGCUGCUGGCAGCAACUUUACGCAGUUUGGCUUCCAGCACCAGACACAGACCGCUUUACCACCCAGUGAGGCGACUAACGCAGCAACCUUGGCCUCCAGUUCUGCCAGUUCCUCCUCCUCCGCCGCCUCAGCUCUCAUUGAUCAUGAUUCUAUGAAUGCCACAUUCCGUGUGGCUAAAGCAGCGCGAGAACCAGACCACCAGCAGCAGCAGCAACCACAGCAUAUCGGCGUCUCCUCCUGGUAUCAACAGGCAACGCCAUCGCAUGACGCCGGCGGCCCACAGCCCACCAACUUUAAUGCCGCCUUGGCCGCCGUCGACUGCUGCAGCGUGGCCGUAGACAGCGACGCCAGCGAUGCCAAGUACUUGGAUUUGGAUGCCUGCAAGCGAGAGCAGUUGAGUGGCAGUAGCAACAAUUCACAGCAUCAAUUACCUUCGGCCUCAGCAUCGGCUUCGACCACAUCUUCAUCAUUUGCGGCCGCUGCCACCGAGAGCAGUUUGGUGGGUGGACUUAACAUACGCACCGACGAGAAGAUGCCCGCCAAGGGUGAGAUUUCGGAGCAGGAGAGCAAUUGCGAUAUUGAGAACUCUUGGAGUCAGUCGAUGUAUGGCGACAUAUCAACCCGUUUCUUUAGAAACCAAUUUUCGGGCGUGUACAAUCAAAUGCCGGACUGGCGCCAGGAUUACUAUCCGGCCCAGGAUCUAAGUUCACAGCAGCGCGAGGGCAAGCGCUUCGAUUUCCGCCUACCUGUCGAUGUGGCCAACAAUUCGGUGGCCGACUACAUGUUUCCUUCGCAACAGGAGCAGCAGCAGCAAGAACAGCACGGCGCAACCUCCACCCAUGCCAAAAAGGGUAAGCGCAAGCCCAGCUCAGCUGUUGCUGCCGCCACCUCUAUAGCGAGCAGCAGCAACAGUGGCUACGCAGAGCAUGCGUAUCUGCUGGAUGCACACCCCACCACAUCGUCAUCGUCGGCUUUGCUGGCCGGUCCACCAAUAGCAUCGACAUCGAAGGCCGCUGCUGCAGCAGCUGCCGCCACCGCCGGCAGCAUUUUGCCAGCGACGGCAGCGGCCGUAGCAGUACCAACAGCUGCCCCAUCUGUGACGCGACCGCCGCGACGCAAGAUUUAUAAAUGCCCUCACUGCGAGAACAUCUUCGAGAAGCUGAAGGAGCGAAACGCGCACAUGAUUAGCGAGCACAACUAUGUACGCCAGAAUCGACGACUAAUUUGCACUCAGGCGGCACUCCUCAGUUCCAGCAUGGCCGCCAGCUCGACGGUGGCUGCGCAACUCUUUCCACCGCAAUUGCUAGCCCAUGGGUCGGGGAGCAGCAACGACCAGAAUGCCGUGGACGCAGCGGCAGCAGCUGCUGCCACCGCCGCUGGCGAAAGUUUAGUUGAGGACUCGAAGGAUGGUAUUGUCAAGAUUAAGCAGGAGCAUGGAGCGGAUCAGAAGUUGAUGCCCUCGCGACGCGACACCCUCAACACCACACUGGAACCAAUGCAUGCUAAAAUGGAACUCCCCGAUGUGGAGGAGGGUGGUCUAUUGGUAGAACCCAGCGCUGCCGAUAUCAAACCAAAUGAUGUCGUCCUAUCUGAAUUGGAUCAAGCACCACAUAUACAGCCACUGGCCAUGACAACGCCAGCUGCCAAAUUGGCGGCACUCUAUCGCAUGCUCAUCGCCUACAAUGAAUCCAAGCUGGGCCAGGAUCGUAACAUUAGCGAGCUGGAGCAGAAGGCCAUGGAGAAAUCUAUAUUCCUAUGCUACGUGUGUCGCACCGAUUUCCCUUCCGUCAAGCUCUACGAUGCCCAUUUGACUGAACAUCCGGCGGAGUGUUUCACCUGCGGAAAGAAGUUCUAUCGUUGGAAGAACUUUUCGCUUCAUCUGAAGCGCCAUCUGGGAUGGAAGGAGUUCGGCUGCUAUGUCUGCGAUAAGAAAUUUGUUGUGCGCAGUGCCCUCGUCGAGCACAUGCGCAUGCAUACCGGCCAGACGCCGCUCAAAUGCAAGAUAUGCGCAGGCAAGAAGUUCAAGCGAUAUUCCAAUUUGACACAACAUCGCAAACGCCAUACCAAGAUGAUGGUGCGGAAAAAGGAGUAUGUCUGCCAUUGCGGCGAAGUGCUGCCGAGCAAGGCUCGCUUCCUGUGGCACAAGGAGACGCACGAUGUGAAGCCCAAAUGCUGUCCCCAUUGCUGCGAUCGCUUUGUGCACGCCAAUUCGCUGCGUCGUCACAUACGUCUCGCCCACUCGGAUAAAUUCGACUAUGCCGAGCCCAUGGAGUGUCCCAUGUGCAAGCAGAUCUUUGCCAAAACUUCGAUAAAGGCCCACAUGGCGACCCAUUCAACAGAUCCGCAGUUUGAUUGCGCGAUUUGCAACAAGAGCUUCUCCACCAAAUGGAAUCUUAAGAUACACUCGUGGGUGCACGCGAAUCGCACAGCGAAGCCCUUCAAGUGUGAUUACUGUCCCAAGGCGUUUGUUAGGGAGCUGGACUUUAAGAACCACAUGAACUCUCAUAAGCAAAUAAAGCCGUACACUUGCGAAUAUUGUGGCUGCAAGUUCAUACGGAAGUACAACUAUAUGCGGCAUAGACGGGAGCAUCACGGCAACAAGAAGUUCACGUGCGAUCAAUGCGACAAGUCUUUCCAUCGCCACUACUAUUUGAUCGAGCAUAGACGCAUUCACACGGGCGAGCGUCCCUUCCAGUGCACCAUAUGUGGCAAGAGCUCCACCACCAAGACGAAUCACAACAAGCAUCUGAAGAUACAUCAUUCGCGGGAUCCCUUCACUGUUGAGGUCUAGAGGGGAGGAAAUCGAUUUGAAAUGAAUGAAUAUACUAAUACUAAUAAUCGUUUAAUGCAGCAAUUAACUAGUAGUUAUUCAUGUCUCUUCUCUUUCUCUCUCUCUCUAUGUCUCUGUGUGUGUAUGUUGUGUACGUAUCCGUGUGGUUAAACAAACAAACAAACAAAACAAAAAAAAUGCAUUAACAAACUAGUAUUACUUAUCAAACGCAACUAUAUAUACAAUUCAUAUAUAGAUUACGUAUGCGAAUGCCAAUUCUUGAAAACAGCAACAACAACAAAUAUCAAAACAAUAACAUUUUAAUAAUCGUUGUACAUUUUCGAUGUGGUUUAAAAAAUUAGCUAAAUGUGAAAUGAAACUAUUUCCCUUAGUGGUUAGCAGAUCCCUAGAACUCACUCACCUUCCCCCACACCCCCUUUUAUUUUACAAAUGCUAAAAAAAGUUUGCUUGAAACGCGACUUCCAAAUUGGUUUUAAUCGCUUUAAUUUUUGUUUAAAUUUUAGUAAAUUGAUAUGUCUUCUAGUUCAGUGCAAUAAACAUAAAUUACUUUUAAAUGUAAGUACAUAAAA